CCCAGCCCAUGGCCAUCCCCGGCCCGACGUUACCUUGACUCUCUCGCCCUCUUUUUUCCUGCUCGCUUGCCCGCUAGCCUGCGGUAGUAGUAUAUUACACCACGACUGCCUCCUCCUCUCCUCCACCUCCCGUUUCUCUCCCGUUACUAUCGUCAUCCAUCCAUCCAUCUAAUACCCUUCCUCACAAACCACAACCACAACCAUCACAAUGAAGGUCGCCGUCAUCCUCUCUCUCGCCGCCACCACCAUGGCCUGCGCUGCUGACAACUGUGCUCGCGCUGUCACCGGUACCCGUCUCGGUGCUGCCUCCGUCUCUGCCCACCAGGCCGACUGCUCCAGCUUCCAGAAGACCGUUGUCACCCCCGCCCCUACCACUGCCACCGUCACCGUCACCGUCGACCCUGAGCAACCUCACAAGUUCAAGCGCAACGCCGUCCGCGCUGAGGCUUCCGCCGAGAAGGCCGUUCCCACCUACGCCGCUGCUUGCUCUGGUGCUGAGCGCUACGCCUCUGCCUGCUCUUGCUGGGGCAUCACCGCCAUGACUAGCACUGCUCCUCAGCCCACCUCUACCGUCACUGUCACCGUCACCUCCGACUACUGCGAGGACUUGUAAGCGGUUUGACACGCUGAACCGGUGGUUGUGGAUAAAACAAAUGUCUUUUGCCUAGAGUGAAAUGCGCUUGAUAUAACAACACAUUCCUCGACGCCGAACUUUUGAAGUGCAGAUGAGCUGUUUAUUUUUCGUUUCUGGUUAUUUUACUUUUUUUAUUAUUCUAGACUGACGAACCUGACCUGCCGGUCACGGUGAAAGUCAACACUUGUGCAUCAUACAUCUUACGGGAUAUGAGCGGAAUGAAGAUAUAGAGCACUAUCCGGCUCAGUCAGCCGAGGGGUCUCAUGAUAAAACAUACGCCUUUGUGUAAAAACAACUGAAUAUAAAGGACAUAUACAUAUAUACUAUGCUCAUAAUUCUUUGGCUGCGAUGUGAUGUGAUGUUAUAGAACUACUCGGCCGAGACAUGGCUUGAUGUGAGACACACCUUUGCGUGAUUGAGUUGGACACUGGACGACGGCCUGCGCAUCCCCUUAUCAUUGUUUGUUGGUUCGUGUGUGCUAAUAGUUGUCUUGCGGUGGAUAUGUUUGCCUGCGGUACGAUGUUAAAAUUGUAUUCGACGAAGCUGUGCUACCGUUUCGGAAUCUUGCCAUACCUUCGCCUGGUAAAACAAUCUGUACGGUGUGGGCAGUCCCUGCAGAGAGACGAUCACGAUCUUGGAGAUCGGCGGACAGCUGCCAGUCGCGGAUCCCCUGGCAACAAUGAUCGUCGCAAUGCUUGAUAUACAGAGAAAAAAUAGACUCUACAUCCAAGUAUAGGAAAAGUCCCCCAUAGUUGCGUCUACU